AUGAUUAAUUUGUUCUCUUUUACAACCAUGCAACUUGAUUUAUCAUCACCUUUUUCUUUGGCAACAUUACGAUAUUCUCAGGUUGUUUUUCUGAUGGUACCUACAGUCCUAUUCUGUUGGUUUUUGUGGUUGCUUCUUUUUCGUCAAUGGUGUCACCCCAAAGACAAACGCCUACCUCCUGGCUCAAUGGGUUGGCCUUAUAUUGGAGAGACACUCAAGCUCUACACUGAGAACCCAAAUUCCUUCUUCUCCAAUAGGCAAAAACGGUUUGGUGACAUAUUUAAGACGCACAUAUUGGGAUGUCCUUGUGUGAUGAUUUCAAGUCCAGAAGCAGCAAGAAUUGUUCUAGUGACUCGGGCUCACCUGUUCAAGCCGACAUAUCCGACAAGUAAAGAAAAAAUGAUAGGACCAGAGGCUCUGUUCUUUCAUCAAGGUCCCUAUCAUUCAAGGCUCAAGAAGUUGGUGCAGGCCUCUUUUUUACCCUCUGCUAUACGAGGGUCUGUCUCAGAGAUUGAGCAGAUUGUCCAGAGAUUUCUUCCGACUUGGAAAAAUAGCACUAUUAACACUUUACAAGAAAUGAAGAGGUAUGCUUUUGAUGUGGCAAUGAUUUCUGCCUUUGGCGAAAAACAAGACUUGGAAAUGGAAGGAAUUAAGCAACUGUAUCAGUGCCUGGAGAAGGGAUAUAACUCUAUGCCUCUGGAUUUACCAGGAACACCAUUUCACAAAGCAAUGAAAGCAAGGAAGCUACUUAACGAGACAUUGAGGAAAUUGAUACGGAAGAGAAGGCAAAGCGGGAGAUAUGGAGGAGGCUUGCUUGGAGUAUUAUUAGGAGCUAAAGAUCAUGAUGAGAAGCUUGAUCAGCUUAGUGAUUCUCAAAUUGCUGAUAAUAUAAUUGGAGUGAUUUUUGCUGCUCAUGAUACUACUGCUACUGUCCUAACAUGGAUUUUGAAAUACUUGCAUGAUAAUCAAGAUUUAUUAGAUGCUGUCUCGAGAGAACAAGAAGGAAUUAGAAGCAAAAUAGUAGAGGCAAAUCGUGGGCUUACGUGGGAUGAUACGAGGCGCAUGCCGUUGACUAGCCGGGUGAUCCAAGAGACGCUAAGAACAGCAAGUAUACUGUCUUUCACGUUCAGAGAAGCAGUCCAAGAUGUUGAGUUUGAAGGCUACUUUAUCCCCAAAGGCUGGAAGGUUCUUCCUCUCUUUAGAAGCAUUCAUCAUUGUGCAGAUUAUUUCCCUCAACCCGAAAAAUUUGAUCCUUCAAGAUUCGAGGCGCCACCGAGACCUAACACGUACAUGCCCUUUGGCAAUGGAGUGCACUCCUGUCCAGGCAGUGAACUAGCCAAGCUUGAGAUGCUCAUUCUCCUGCACCAUCUCACUACCACUUACAGGUGGCAAACUGUGGGAGACAAGGAUGAUAUACAAUAUGGCCCUUUCCCUGUGCCCAAAUCGGGGUUGCCUAUCCGAGUAAACCGUAGGAACAAGUCAGCAAUAUUCUGA